ACGUCGCCUGAAUGGGGAGGGCGCUUAUCAUCUAUGCGCUCUUCGGCCGCACCGUGUGUUUUGAUAGCGUGUAAAGGGGGGCUGCGUGAAGCCAGGGCCGGGGAAAUGUCAAGAGUUUACAUCGGCAGAUUGAGCUACCGUGCACGGGAAAAGGACGUGGAGAAAUUCUUUAAGGGUUAUGGGAAGAUACUGGAAGUCGAUCUCAAAAACGGGUAUGGGUUUGUAGAGUUUGAUGACCCCCGUGAUGCUGAUGAUGCUGUUUAUGACCUGAAUGGCAAAGACCUGUGCGGUGAGCGGGUGAUAGUGGAACACACCAAGGGUCCCCGGCGCGAUGGGAGCUACGGUUCUGGGCGAAAGUCCUUUGAGGCUGACUGACUGCCUGCCCCUAUUGCUGGCCUUGGGUCCCUUUCCAAGCGUGUGGCUCUUUGACCUUUCUGGGCCUCUGGCUGACCAAAAAUGGGGAGCCAUUGUGAAUGAAGACCGCUUUUCCCAUUAUGCCCAGGUGGUGAGGAUGCCAUGGGGGAUAGGGUCAGAUGGGGGUUCAGUUCUUAUAGGCUACGCCCGUGGUGGGCGGGAUCGAUAUGGACCUCCAGCACGUACUGACUACCGGCUGAUUGUAGAGAACCUCUCCAGCCGUUGUAGCUGGCAGGACUUGAAGGACUACAUGCGUCAGGCGGGUGAAGUGACCUAUGCUGACACCAAUAAAGGUCGCAGAAAUGAGGGUGUGAUCGAGUUUAAGCUGUACUCAGACAUGAAGCGAGCUCUGGAGAAGUUGGAUGGGACGGAGGUUAAUGGCCGAAAGAUCCGACUGAUUGAGGACAGGCCAGGAUCACGACGCCGGCGGUCCUAUUCCCGCAGUCGCAGCCAGUCCCGGUCACAUUCGAGGAGCAGGCGAUCCCGUAAGAGCCGCAGUCACAGCGAGAGCAGCAGCCGCAGUCGCUCCCGCUCCAGGAUGGCUUCCCGCUCACGUAGCCAUACGCCUAGUAAGAGGAAGAGCAAUGGGGCCCAAAGAAGCCGCAGCCGUGACAAGCGCCUUGGCCGAGAUGAGGCCCACUCCCGCUCCCGAAGCCGCAGCCCUCGCAACAAGAGGAGCAAGAGGGAAGUCAAGAAGGGCCGCAGGGAUGAUUCUCACUCCAGGUCUCGCUCACGCUCCCGCUCUAGAAAGUCCCGAUCUCGGUCAGUGAACAAGGAUCGCACCCGGAAGUCCAGGUCCCGCUCUAUAUCAGGAAACAAGGAUCGUUCCAGGAAGUCUCGCUCUAGGUCCCGUUCGGGAAAUAAGGAUAGCUCCAGGAAAUCGCUGUCUCGUUCCCUGUCCAGGUCAGGCAACAAGGAUCGUUCUAAGAAGUCUCGUUCUAGGUCUAAGACCUGUGAUGCCAAAAGUGAUAUUGAUGAGGGUGGUGCCGGGCCUGCCAAGGGUGACUUCCGCUCCCCAUCCAUGCCCCAACCCAAGUCCAGAUCACCUUCCCCCACCAAAGCCCUGUCUCGUUCCCCCUCAGUGUCCCGCUCAGAUUCCCGUUCCAAGUCCCGUUCUCCCUCUAAAUCCCCCUCUAAAUCCCGUUCACGUUCUCGCUCCUGAACAGCUAUGCUGUUGCCCCACCCUCUCGUUGGUCCCAAUUUUGUUUUUUGAUAAAUAGGAUAGCUCUAGGAUAACAGCACUCUCGCUUGACUUGUCUGUUAAAACACAUGCACCAGGUUUCUUUUCAUGAGUAUUCUAAAUUUAUUUUCAGUAGCAUUGUCUCCAAUUAGAGUUGUUUGUAAAAUAUGAAGUGUGUGAGACUAGUUUGAGAGGGUAUUGCUUCAUAGACUUUUAUAGGUUAGACGUGUCUGAAAAUACAGUAAUAGAUGUCAACCUUUGUAUGGCAUACUGUAAAAGCAUAACUCGUACACAUUUGUGUGGGUGGGGUUGUUUUAUUUUGCAUAUUUCACCUUUGUGGAAAUCAUUUUACCAGUUAUUAAAAAAUAAAAUGCUUGAUACCUGGAAAUGGAUUCAAUUCACUAUUUUGUGUUAAGGCUCAGAUAGUUAAUUUAAUAUUGUAAUGUGUCUUGUUAGGUAGAGCCGUAUUUGUCCUUUAUCAUCAAUGCAUGUUCACAUGCUAUUUAAUGAUACUGUGGCAUUGUUUGUUUACUUUAUUUCAGCCUUCUCUAAGCCUUUUAAAAUGAGUCUUCAAACUAACGCCCAGACACUAGCACAAUGGGUUCCUCUGACAUUGGUACUCCACACAUGGAAUAAAUGCUUUUUCACGUGAGAAA